AUGGCAAAAAACAAACUGUUUGGGAUAGUGUCUGAUUUAGAGUGGGCACAAUUGCAAAAUAAAUCAGCUAAUCCUCAAAUCCAACUAUCAAUAAAUCUUUCAACAUCAUAUUUUUGCUCUAACACUCAAGUGGCACAAUCCCAAAACACGAUUCAAUAUAAUCAAACACCAACACCAUCUACUAUUUCUAGACCAUCAUCAUCAACAUCAACUACUACUCAACAUUUUUAUGAAAACUUUGAUCCUACAAAUGUUCAAAAUAUGUAUUGA